GGCAUCUAUGCGAAGCAGAUUCGGUACUGCAUAUAAAUCGUUGGAAGUAGCUAGCCAUGAAGAGCAGCACGCUGAUGGUGAUCAUGGUCCUCCAGGCCACUCUGGUCAUGGGGAUCUUUAUCCUCCCGGACAUGUGCAACGGAGAUGUGCAUGCAACGUCCGUGGGUGAGGGCAAGGCCAUCGACCUCAACCUGGGCAAGCUAAGGUGCUGCAUCAACUGCAACUCCUCCUCGGGCCUCUACACAUGCGAUGACGUCGUGAAGAUAUGCGACCCUGUCUGCAAGCGAUGCGCCGUUGUGAAGAAGAACCUUGUCAAGGAGUUCAGGUGCACCGACACCUUCCUCGGUCUGUGCGAAAAUCCGUGCAAGAACCACUGAAGAUGAAAGUAGCUAAUAAGCAGCACGCUAGCUGCUACUGUGAUUUGAUAUGUGCUACGGUGCACAGUAGACAUGUAUGCCAGGAUUGGGAUUGGAUGAUUUUCGAUCGAUGUUAUACGCGGAACAGUAAGUCGUUGUUUACGUGUUUAUUGACACAAUAAAAUUGGUGGUUAUAUCA